AUGGGUAAUCAAUCGGUGGCGGAAGCUAUCUUGCGCAAAAGAGCCUCAAAGUCGAUCAAGAUUCAAACAAGAAUGAACACACCCUCGUCAUCGCUAUAUUUGCCAAUUUCCACGCUUGCCCAUUUUUCCCAACUAAUAUUUCCUCCAUGUGCAGCACACGAUGAAUGGGACAACGUCGAUGACUUUGACCCCUUCCCUGUAGAAGAAGAAUCCGAAUCUCCCUCCUCCACUCAGUCUCCUUUCACACCCUCGCCACCCGAAGAAAUAGGAAGGGAAGAAAUAACUAGUGAAUUUGCCGACUCUCAUCGAAAUUCCUCUGAUAUAUUCCAAAAAAUGGGGUUAGUUGAUUUAUACUUUCUACCAUUUCUCGCAGCGAUAACUUAUUCAAUAAAAAUUGGAGAUUAA